UCCCAAGCGUCACUUCCGGUUACAUUUUGACAGCAAAACACUGCACAUUUUAGCUAAACGAAGCUCUGAUCCUCGUUAUAUGUUUAUUUUAACACGUUUUGUGUUUUAUGCUCCACAUUUAUUAGCCAAUUUGACUUGUGUGGCGGAAUUGACAGUGUUCAGAAAGAGAUCAGUCUUCUGCUUCUAGCAAAAGAUGAAAGUUCCUAGUGAUGAAAAUGAGGUGGUGGAGGAAGCCAGUAGCAGUUCAUCAUCAGUAGACAACUCCAACAACGAAGAGAUUCCUCCUUAUCUACGUGAAGAACCUCCUGAAGACGGAGAGAAGGACCACCCUAAGACCGAGGCGGGGGUCAUCUGGAGGGUGACCGGCGGUCUCUUCAACAUGACCAAAGGGGCGGUCGGAGCGACAUGGGGAGGCGUGGCCUGGGUGGGCUGUAAGAGCUAUGACAUCACCAAGACAGUGGUGACCAGCGUGCCGGCCGCCGGCGUGGGAUUGGUCAAGGGCAGUGUUUCCAUGGUGACGGGGGGAGUGGGGGCAGUAGGGUCUGCUGUAGCCAGUAAAGUUACACCAAAGAAAAAGGACAAGUCUGAUUAGACCUAGACCCAACUACCACCCCAUUGCUACAGUAUAGUUUAUAAAUGUCUCCCGGUCUCUCUGCUGUGUUUAGGUUCCAUCUGGUUACUAUGGGGAACCAUUCAGAGUUGAAAAAGGCACAAGUAACUCGGAUUUGCGUGUAAAUCAUUCGUUGACGUCAAUGGGCAAUUUGCACGGAAAUCUGAGUUAAGGUUGCGGAUCUCAAGUCAGAAUACUACCCUAAGGAAGCAUUACAGAGGGGGAUUAUGGGAAUGUUGAUUUGUUAGGACAGAGGAAUUGACCAGAAUGUUGAAUUUACUGCCGAGGUACUCUUGAGAGGGAUCUCAUGUCUUUUUGGUUAAUCUGGGUCUGGGUGGGGAAGGGCAUGAUAAUAUGAAGACAAUCCACAAUCCACAACAAUUUGGUAGUGAUUCAGCAAGGGCACAUCUACUCAUUUCUCAAAAGCUUGAGGUUAUUUAAAUUCUUCCAGUUUUACUAUGAAAAGGUAUCUUUACAUUGACGAGUAUUAAAACAAAGGUACUUCACACAACUUAAUUUCAUCAGUUUGACAUCAGUGAUUGGGGAAUACACACCAAACAAUGUGUGUAUGUGAAUAUGCUACAACAUUAACCAUGUCUACACUGUAUUUCUGAUCAAUUUGAUGUUAUUUAAAUGAGCUUUUCUUUCAAAAACAAAGACAUUUCUAAGUGACCCCAAACUUUUGAACGGUAGUAUGUGUGUUAUAAAAUAUAUAUGUGAAACAUAGGCAUAUGAUUCCUAUUGAUGCAGACAAAGAAGGUUAGAGGAAUCUUGCAGUAAAUAUUUUCAUUGUAAUGCAGGUGUUUUUAGAUUAAUGCUUGAUGAGUUGGACAUGUGGUCAACAAAGCGUGUUAUUGCAUAGAAACGGACAGAAGAAGUCAUGGAAAUGACAUUUUGACGUACAUGUUACAUAUACCAGCAGAUGUCCUGAUCUGUUUAAAUAAAUAAAGCACCAUUUCACCAACAAAGAAACAUGCACAUUUAAAAAUAUAUAUAUUUAACCUGGCAAUUCAGUUAAGAACAAAUUCUUAUUUACAAUGACAGCCUACCCCAGCCAAACCCGGACGACGCUGGGCCAAUUGUGCGCCACCCUAUGGGACUCCCAUUCACGGCCGGUUGUUUUUAUUUUAUUUCACCUUUAUUUAACCAGGUAGGCUAGUUGAGAACAAGUUCUCAUUUGCAACUGCGACCUGUGAUACUGCCUGGAAUCGAACCAGGGUCUGUAGUGACGCCUCUAGCACUGCCAUGCAGUGCCUUAAACCGCUGCACCACUCGGGAGGCCUUAAAGGCUGAGUUAUUGAUAAAUCAGGAAAUCCGUGUCCAUUUAAAUAUUUUAUAAAUCCGCUCCACAAUGGCCUAUCAAAGACAUUACUAUGAUGAACCUUGUUAAGUUUCAAGCAUCAUAGUUCAUGCCUACGUCUCAAAUGGCACCCUAUUCCCUUUAUAGUGCACUACAUUUGACCAGCACCCAUAAGGCUGUAAUCCAAAGUAGUGCACUGUACAGUAUAGGGAGUAAUGUGCUAUUUGGGACAUAACCCAUUUCAUUCACUUAUAUGUACUUUACUCAAAUGUAUGUUUAUGUUCCUUCAUUUGCAUUAGAUCAGGCCCAUUCAUUUCCAGAAACUGAAAAAUAAAUCAAUAAUAACGCAUUUAAAAAAUGUGAACUCAGUUGGGGUCUCAACUGACUGUUGAGAGUAAGAAUAGUAGAAUACACAUGGUGCAUUUUAAAAAUGUGGAAAUCAGCAGUUUUUGUCUUAGGUCAGUCACUGACAGUCACUGAAUUAGCCCAUGUCAAUUUACAUUUUUUACAUUUGUAAAGUAGUCUAUCCAGCUAUCUAAACUUGUAGUAAUCAUGGUCAAAUUACAGACUGAGGGUGCCCAUGGAUAUUAACCAAAUGUGUAGAAUUGCAGGAAAUUAGCUUAAAAACGGCAAAUCUUUCUCUCCGCCCCACAGCAAAAUUAGUAGAAUUGCAUGGAAUUAGUUAUAAAAUUGCAAAAUUUUCUCUACUCCACAUGGCAAGAAGUAGAAUUGCAUCAAACUUAUUUUAAAAGUACAUUUUCUCUAUAUAUUGUAUUGUAUAAUUGCAGGAAAUUAACAAUAAAAAAUAUCUAUAUAGAUUAUCUUCACUGUCAAGAGGGGGGCCACUAACAACAAAAUGUAGCUCUGACUACAUGUGUGGGUAUGAAUGUGGGUACGCAGACCCGCUAGCCACUGCAGCUUUCAGAUUUGUUGUGGCCCCCACCCCCAUCAAAGGUGCCCAUCCCUGCAUUACAUUUAUAAAUACUGAUAGAUAGUUGACAGCGACAUUCCCAGAGUAGGAGGGACAGUUGAAAACAAACAUGCCUUUUCUUUCUAUGCUUUCCAAUCACUUCUAGCCUUGGUCCCAGUCUGUUUGAGUUCACAAGAUGAUAUAAACGGAUCUGGGACUAGCUAAUUCACUUCCACAUUGUUACGUGUAAUCCUGAAUUACUGUCCAUUCUGAUCAGAGAAUAAAAGUACAUGACCAAUUUCUUCCCACUGGACAAAUACUGGUUGAAUCAACGUUGUUUCCACAUUUCAACCAAAUAACUCAAUGUGAUGACGUUAUCAACACAGAAAACUUAUUGGAUUUGAAAAAAGUCAUCAACGUAAGGUCAUUUCGUAUUUUUUUUCCCCACAUGACUUUUAACCUAAAUCAAAUGACAUUGUGAAAUGUUUCACGUUGAAUUCACAUUAUUUGACAACUUGACCACAUGUAAAUCGAAACUAGACGUCUGUUCCCAGUGUGCUGUUUGUUCUCCUUUUCGGUUUGGUUUCUUACAUUUUUAUUUGAACAGUCACUGUGUGGACAUUUUUAUUUGAAAAUAAAUAAAGAGAAAACAACUUGGCAUGGUAUUUCCACACCCUCACAUUAUGCAUCGCAUGUUUCAAGAGGUCGUUUUUCCUUCUUCCUGAACACAAUAUGCUGUUUAUUGUUAUGACAAGUCUCACCUAUUUUAUUUUCAUGCUGUUUCAUCUUGUCCUGUCUUUACUGUUUUCAUCGGGACACUUCUGCUAGUUAAUAUAUGUCUUGGAGACUCUGUUACUAUAAACUGGGAUGGGGCCCUGGUCAAAUAUAGUGCACUAUACACCAAGUGUACAAAACAUUAAGAACACCUGCCUAAUUUUGAGUUGCGCCCCCUUUAGCCCUCAGAACAGCCUCAAUUCAUCGGCAUGGACACUCCAAGGUAUCAGAAGCGUUCCAUAGGGAUGCUAGCCCAUGUUGACUCCAAUUCUUCCCACAGUUUUUAAUCCUCUCAAACCGGUGUGACUGGCACCUACACCCAUACCGCACUUGAAUCUUUUGUCACCCUCUGAAUGGCACAGAUAAACAAUCCAUGUCUCAAGGCUUAAAACUCUUUCUUUAAUCUGUCUCCUCCUCUUCAUCUACACUGAUUGAAGUUGAUUUAACAGGUGACAUCAAUAAGGGAUCAUAGCUUUCACCUGGAUUCACCUGUUCAGUCUAUGUCAUGGAAAGAGCUGGUGUUCCUAAUGCUUUGUACACUCAGUGUAUAUUGAAUAGUGUGUCAUUGGGGUCGCAGUUUUUUGUCUAUGAUAGAACUAUUUUUGCAAAAACUGAUGCUGUAUUCUAUAAAUAAAGCUACUCUGUAUUUUAA